UUCUGUCAAGUGCAAUCCGAUAAAAUUACGCAUAAGUUUCUCACCCUGCAAAAAUUGUUAACUGUGAAUGGUACAAAAUGAAGGACAGCAUCGAUAAGGAUUUGCUGGCGAUUAAGACGCAUUACUUUCUGUUUAAUGCCGGCACCGCACCCGUUGUACCCUUUAUGCCACAACUGGCACAACAGCUCGGCUAUUCCCCGGUCGUUGUGGGCACCAUGUACACGAUACUGCCCAUCAUUGGUUUGCUGGCGAAGCCAAUCUUUGGCUAUAUUGCCGAUCAUUAUCAGCGGCAUCAAUUGCUCUUUCUGGCCGGGCAACUGUUCACUGCCAUUGCCUUUUUCCUGAUCAUGUUUGUGCCGGCGGUGGAGAGGCCACAACUCCAUUGUCAUGCUGGCGUUACGAACAUCCAAUAUUGCUCAGGCAGCAGAGCAGCGGACAUGAAGACACAGCUGGAGACGCACUAUGGCAAUCGGACGCUGAGCUGCAGCAUGCGCUGCCAAAUGGAGCCCACAAUGUGGGACAUUGUCUGCCAGUAUUGGCUGACGAACGCAACAAGCAACUGUGCCGCAAAUCGCACGAAAUCUUGGAUCGAUUUGAGCACCUACAUAACAGCGAGAGAAAUCCUGGAGAGUGCCAAUUGUCUACACUUGAUGAUACCACACAAUUUGGGCACACUGGACGCACAAAAUGUGACCAUGUAUUGUCCCCAGAACAAGGCGAGGUUCAAGCCCAGUUGCCAGAUGGACUGCCAGGAGGAGUAUCUGAAAGAAGUGCUACCCAAGAGCAAUGUGAUCAACAUGAGCAGCGCAAUGGCUAUGCCCGAAUUCUGGUUCUUCUUUGGCCUCCUCAUCGUCAGCUGGGUGGGCAUGGCUGUUGUUGUCAGCAUUGGCGAUGCCACUUGUUUUGGCAUUCUCGGUGAUCGUCAUCAGUUGCAUGGCAGGCAGAGGUUAUGUGGCUCCCUGGGUUGGGGCAUCCUUGCACUGGUCGCUGGCCUCUUGGUGGACACAAUGUCCAACGAGGGCGGCACGGACAAGAAUUACACGAUUGUCUUUUGGAUGACGCUUAUUAUAAUCGGCUUCGAUAUGCUCGCCUCCACGAAGCUAAAGCACACACAGACGAUCAUGUCGGCGAAUAUACUCAAGGAUGUGGGUCAAAUGUUUCUAUCGAUGCGUUGCGUUGUCUUCUUUCUCUGGUUUUUGGCCAUUGGAUUGGGCCGGGCUCUGAUUUGGAAUUUUCUCUUCAUCUAUUUGGAGGAGCUGGCCGAGCUCUUUGACAAUGGCAACGAUUACAUUAAGACGUUGGAGGGCCUGGUCAUGAGCAUCCAGUGCCUUGGCGGUGAUCUACCAUUUUUCUUCGUGUCCGGCUGGAUAUUGAAGCGGAUUGGACACGUGAAUGCGAUGAAUCUGGUGCUCUUUGGAUUUUGUGUGCGUUUCAUUUUGUACUCGAUGCUGCAGCAUCCAUGGUAUAUUCUGCCCAUUGAGCUGCUGAAUGGCGUCACCUUUGGCCUCUUCUAUGCAACGAUGGCCUCGUUUGCCAGGAUCGUGGCACCACCGGGCACCGAGGCCACCAUGCUGACUCGGAUGGGUGCCAUCUUUGAGGGCGUUGGCGUCUCCUUGGGCAGCCAAAUUGGUGGCCAGCUUUUUGUCGCCGUCAGUGCGCGGACAACGUUUGAGAUCUUUGGCAUUGGUGCGUUCAUUGCGUUCAUUGUCCACGUCUGCGUCCAAAUUUAUCUGCAACGCAAUGAUCCACCUGAAAAUGGCACUGUCAAAUAUGUUGCACAGACAGACAGACCGGAAAAUACAAGUUUUGCUAGCUAAGCUGCCUGCCAUUUCUUCUUUCUCUUCUUGUUGUUCUAUGAUCUACCGAUAUAUAUACAUACCAUAUAUAUCCUUUGUCAGCGAUUAUCCAACACUUGUUGC